CAGGUUCUCGUGUCGAAGAAAAGAAGAACCAAUAGUUCUAAUCUGAUCGGUCGAUCCAACUCCGAAUCUUUUUCGUCUUCUCUUCUCUUCAUUUGCUUUGGUACAAAGAUUUCUUUUUUACUGUUUGUGCAAUGGGGGACAGUGAAAAGGAGGAUCGGAGUGCGAGCAGCGAUGUCACAUCGGAAGACGAAGGGACCGAGGAUUACAGGAGAGGAGGUUACCAUGCUGUUCGAAUCGGCGACACUUUCAAAAGCGGCCGCUACGUCGUGCAAAGCAAGCUCGGCUGGGGUCAUUUCUCUACCGUCUGGCUCGCCUGGGACACUCACAACUCUCGAUAUGUAGCUCUCAAAGUUCAAAAGAGCGCUCAGCACUACACUGAGGCAGCAAUGGAUGAGAUUACCAUCCUUAAACAGAUCGCCGAGGGGGAUCCUGAUGACAAUAAGUGCGUCGUCAAGCUUUUGGAUCAUUUCAAGCACUCUGGACCCAAUGGCCAGCAUGUCUGUAUGGUUUUUGAGUAUCUGGGUGAUAAUCUCUUGACGCUUAUUAAGUAUUCUGACUACCGGGGGAUGCCUCUCCACCUAGUUAAGGAAAUUUGUUUCCACAUUUUGGUGGGUUUGGAUUAUUUACAUCGACAGCUUUCUAUCAUACACACUGACCUGAAGCCAGAGAACAUCCUCCUCUUGUCCAUGAUAGACCCAGCAAAAGACCCCAGAAAAUCAGGUGUUCCUCUCAUCCUACCAGCUAGCAAGGAUAAAUCCAUCUUUGAGUCUGGGGAUGGCAAGGAUAUUAAGAACUCCAAUGGUGAUUUGACAAAGAGCCAGAAGAAGAAGAUCCGCCGGAAGGCUAAACGGGCAGCUCAAGGUUGUGUGGGAAAGGAAGCUGCCAAGGACUCUGAACCAGAGCCCAAAACUACUGUUGCAGAAGCAACUACCUCUGAUUCAAAAGUAAAUGCUGAUCACUCGGAAGAUCAGCUGGAUACUUCUGUCAACAAAGAUAAAACAUCUAAUGGUAAUCCUUUAACCCAUAAGAGAGGGAGCCGCUCCACAAGGCAGAUGCUGUUAGCAGCUGUUGAUCUUAAGUGCAAAUUGGUUGAUUUUGGAAAUGCCUGUUGGACAUAUAAACAGUUUACAAGUGAUAUUCAGACAAGGCAAUAUAGGUGCCCUGAGGUUCUCCUUGGUUCGAAGUACUCUACUCCAGCAGAUCUUUGGUCAUUUGCUUGCAUAUGUUUUGAGCUUGCUACCGGUGAUGUUCUCUUUGAUCCUCACAGUGGUGACAACUUUGAUAGGGAUGAGGAUCACUUGGCUCUAAUGAUGGAACUCCUUGGGAUGAUGCCACGUAAGAUUGCAUUAGGUGGUCGGUAUUCUCGGGAUUUCUUCAAUAGGUAUGGCGACCUGAGGCACAUCCGUCGGUUGCGUUUUUGGCCACUUAAUAAGGUGCUUAUAGAGAAGUAUGAAUUUAGAGAGCAAGAUGCUAUUGAUAUGGCUGAUUUCCUAGUUCCAAUACUGGAAUUUGUCCCUGAGAAGCGGCCAACAGCUGCCCAAUGUCUUCUCCAUCCAUGGAUUAGCACAGGCCCUAGGCUUCUUGAGCCUUCCAUGCCUGGUUCUCAGAUUGAGGUUGUAGAUGGAGAUAUUUCUGAGAGGAAGAAGAGAGAGGACAAUGAGAGAGAGGCAAUGGAGGUGGGCAUGGGAAACAUUGCAAUUGAUGUAGCUUCUAGUCCUGUCAAAGAUCCUCAACCCAGUAGCAAACCCACCAAGGCGGCUGUUCUUAUUUCUUCAAGGUAGUUUUGCUGCACUAUGUUUUCUUGAUGGAACUUGCACAGCGUUGAUUGACAAGAAUUUGGGGUCUAGUGCGGGAUGAUCACUGCACCUAUUGGUUUUGGAUUCUUCAUCCUUUCUAGGGAGAGAGUGAUACCUGGGAACAUUUCUAGUGCAGCUGAACAGAACCUAAGUCUCAAACCAGUUAGAUAUUCAGAUUUCGAAAGAUUUUUCCUGUAAUCUGUGGCAUGUUAUCCUUGGGACAUGGUUCUCCUCUCUCCAUGUACUGCAGAUCGAGUCCAGACACUAAACUUCACAAUCUUGUUAAGUCUUAUUUGUUGCGAGGUGAUUCAUGUACAUAACUUUACAAAUGAUAUAUUUUUUUUUGCGGGGGGGCCAUUUCUAUAGAGAUUGUUUUGGUCAGUUUUGCUAGUUAGUAUUGAAACAUUUUAGCUGUGAUUUCAUUUUCUCCAUCCACAACAAACAUCCAGUGCUGGUGUGUUUCUUUGCA